AAAUAUGCACUCAUUAACCCGAACACGAUAUGGGAUCCUCAGUAAUUUUUUUAACUGCUUAGUGUUGGUACUAUAAUAAAGCUAAAGACAAUUAUGGAACUAGUCAAUGGAUUGUUACGUAAAGGAAGCUUCUCUCCUUCUUUUCAAAACAGGGAUAAGCGGCAAAAAGACGAGAUUCCAGCAACAGAUAUUGACUUUAGACCCAUCAACACCCAUCCUCCAACCGAAGCACCUCGUCCAACUUCUCCGUUUACCGAGUCUUUCGCAGGAUACGCUGAUUCCGGUAUUAGUAUAGCAAGUGCUGAGAAGAAAUUGAACUCGGCACCAUCAGAGAAGGGUUCUUAUUCACGUGGAGUAUCUGAAUCCGGCUACGAUGGCUCCGUGCACUUCAGUACGGUUGGUAGCAGCACUGGCAAUGACACAACUUCAACGAAACGUUGGGACAGAGCCCUCUUGCGUCCUAGACGUGGAUAUGAACCAAAGAAAAACAAAUGUCUAAACUCCUGUAUCUUUUUCACCAAAAUUCUCUCCUAUAUGACUUUAUUCACACUUGUACUUAUAACAGCCGUUAGUAGUAAAAUUUCGUUUAUAAUAUUAGUCGGAAGUUUCGAAAACAAUGAAAACAAUACAAUUGUUGAGGACACGAGCGGAACGGUUACCGACGAGAAGGUGGAGGAAGACUGUGAUAGGUUUUCAAUUGAAUACUACGCAAUAAUUGCUCUUGCCGUGCCAGAGAUACUGACGUUUAUCCAUAACACAAUCAAGAGUGUUUUUGGCAUUUUAAAGGCACCCAGUCUCCCUCUGUUUUUCAAGGUAUGCAUCAUCGAGACUCUACACUGUAUAGGUCUCACCCUGUUCGUCUUCAGAGUGCUUCCAUAUACUUCAAUAGAGUUGGCCAUUGGACUGAUGGGUGGAGUGUGUAUCAUACCCGGUCUGAUGAAAACCUUCUUCAACGACGACUACGACUCACACAGAGCUUUUAAGAUCCUAAAGAAACUGUUCACCUUCCUGGUAACGAUCAUCUUCCAGCUAGCUCCCUUGAUAGCGAUUCCCUGGACACCAGGUUACACUGGAACUAAAUGGGAGUUGCCACUGUCGAUGUUUCUGAUAUCAUUCCGGUGGUGGGAAACAUACGUAACGUGUAAUGUUCGUUUCUUGUGGUGGACACUUCCAUUGCUUGAUUUCAAAAAUGAGCUGAGACGCGCAAGAUGCAAGACAUACGUCGGCAUUAGUUUAUGGAAAUCUGCUUGUAUCGUAGGAUUCAGUUUUCUCUUCCUUUCUGUCAACAACAAAUGGACAAUAUAUAAAUGCACGCCGGAUAUGUUGGAAGCGGGUCCACUGGAGCUAAAAUACUGGCUCGCCAUACAGAUCUGCGCGGCGUACCUCUGCUAUCAAUUCUCUAUUAUAUCCUGCCAGACGAUGAUUCAACGCGUUGGCUUUGCGUUACCACUGGCUCUCGCGACUCCGGUCAGUUUGGCAGUGACGCUGAUGCCAUGUUAUCUCAGAGAAGAUCUGGUUGAUGAAUAUCCUUGGACUUGUCCAUCAGAUGAACACGUUUACUGGCGUCUGAUUCCAAUUGCCUUGUGGUAUUCGCAACUCUGGAUAUCGAGUAGCGUGUGGUUUAACCGCAAUAGGAGGAUGGAAUCAACAGUUAAGCUGUUGAUACAACCAACGUACAGCGCCGGUUUGAUUGACCAAGGUCUGAUGUUGAACCGCAGACCGGUGAUCGAGGAAGAUAUGGUCAACAAGCCCCACGACCAAGAAAUUGACCAGGAGCCUGACGUCAUCUACGAAGAUGAUGAUGUGAACACAAUGAUUUAUCUCUGCGCAACAAUGUGGCAUGAGACGAAGAACGAAAUGACACAAAUGUUGAAAAGUAUUUGCAGAUUAGAUAUCGAUCAAAAGCGACUUCAGGACUACUAUGAUAUAACUGGUAAAAAGCCCAAAGAUUAUUAUCAGUUUGAAGCCCAUAUAUUCUUCGAUGACGCGUUUAUAUAUGACGAUGACGAUAAUCCGGAGAUAAACGCGUUUGUUCAGACACUACUAGAGUGUGUGUCAGCGGCAGCCAGAUCUGUCCGUAAGAAGCAGGAAUACAUUGAAGUCAGACCACCUUCCAUCUUGGACACACCUUACGGGGGCAGGAUGAUAUGGACCCUACCAUGCGGCAACAAAUUAAUCGUCCAUUUAAAAAACAAAGCUAAAAUUAGACACAGGAAACGUUGGAGUCAGGUCAUGUACAUGUAUUAUUUGCUGGGAUGGAUACUGGUUGGACAACAAGAAGGAAAUGAAAGACUGAUUGAAGUUAAAACUCACAACUCCUACAUCCUAGCUCUUGAUGGCGACAUUGACUUCAAGCCAGAUGCUGUCCAGAGGUUACUAGAUCUUAUGAAGAGGAACAGAUCAGUGGGGGCAGCAUGUGGUCGGAUUCAUCCUAUUGGAUCAGGACCACUGGUUUGGUAUCAAAAGUUCGAAUAUGCUACUGGGCAUUGGUUUCAAAAAACUGCUGAGCACGUUUUGGGUUGUGUACUCUGUAGUCCAGGAUGUUUCAGCUUGUUCCGUGCCUCUGCCCUUAUGGACGACAACGUGAUGAGGAAGUACGCCACCAGGUCUGAAAAAGCUGAGCAUUAUGUGCAGUACGAUCAAGGUGAGGAUCGUUGGCUUUGCACAUUACUUCUACAACAAGGAUGGCGCGUCGAGUAUUGUGCCGCCGCAGACGCUCUGACAUAUGCACCAGAAGAGUUCGAAGAGUUUUACAACCAACGACGUCGCUGGAUGCCUUCUACCUUAGCCAACACAAUGGAUAUUCUAUCGGACGGAUCACGGACAGCUAAAGUAAACCAGAGUAUAUCGAUGCCGUUUAUUAUUUACCAGAUAGUGCUUAUGGCCUCAUCAGUUAUUGGCCCAGCAACUGUGGCUAUUUUGAUCGCUAAAUCCACUGCCUUUGCUUUCAAUAUGGAAAACAAGUAUUUCUCUUACGCUAUAGCCAUCCUGCCACCGUUUUUCUAUAUCAUCAUUUGUUUCACCAGCAAAACAGCUACGCAACUGUUCGUGGCAAAAAUCAUGAGUACGGUGUACGCUUUGCAGAUGUUGGCAGUGGUGGUAUCCCUUAGCGGAAACGGUCUGGAGGCUGGCUUGUAUAGUCCAGAAGUGCUGUGUAUGAUCGGUCUUGUGUCCAUAUAUUUACUGGCCGCACUUCUCCACCCCCAAGAAGUUGGAAACAUCUUGUUCGGUGUUCUUCACUUUUUGGCAAUCCCGUCGGGAUAUGUUCUUCUUGUGAUCUACUCACUGAGUAACCUGAACAUUGUGUCCUGGGGAACACGUGAAGUUCCAAAGAGGAAGUCAAAAGCAGAGAUACAGCAGGAGCAGAUUGAAGUGAGAGAGAAAGUCAAAAAUGGUAUCUUCGGAACUGAUAUAGAGGUUGGAUUUGAUGGCUCUAUCACAUGUGGAUGUGGAUCUUUAUUCAAGUGUGCAUGCUGUUUGAACCCAUCAGAUGACGACAAACACUAUUUAUCCUUGGCAGAGGCACUUAGGGUUACAGUGGACAACAGCAGACCUGAAGAGCAAGUCGGUAAACCAAUCACAUCAGAUGGUGCUACUCAAACAGACGACAUUUCUGACGAACCAUCGGAGAAGUCAGCAUUCAUAAUGGCUACAGAUAUAGAGAUUCCAGAGCCAGAUUAUGAUCACGAACCAUUUGAUGACAAAAACCACGACGAAAAACCAACAUGGAUGAAUGCAGCCGCAUUAGCAUGGGCCAACAUCCGAACCAUCGAUACAGAAGAGGUGGAAUUCUGGCAGGAACUUGUCUCUAAGUACCUUCAUCCUAUUGAAGAAGACAAGCAAAUGCAAGAAGCCAUUGCCAACAGACUCAAGGAACUUCGUAAUAAAGCAUGCUUUGCUUUCUUCAUGCUCAACGCCUGUUGGAUUAUCAUUAUAUUCUUCCUGGAACUUCAAAGUGAAUUGUUUGCUAUACCGCUUGGAAGUCUGAAAAGAUCAAAUGGCGACCCAGCUACCAUUGAACCAUUCCAGUUCGCCUUUUUUGUUCUGUUUCUGAUUAUACUAAUAAUUCAGUUCCUAGCUAUGAUCUCGCAUCGAGUGUACACAUUAUUUCAUAUUUUGGCAGCAACCGACAUAACUAAAAAGAAAGAUAAGUCUGUAGAUUUUGGUACUAACCGUCACCUAUCACUCAGUGAAAUUAACCUAGAAACCAACAGUAUCUCUUCAGGAAGAACGCAGCUGUACUUGCAUGAGCUACAGUUGAACCCAAUGUACAACUUCGAAACAGAAUCUGAAAUAUCGACUCCAGUCUCAGACAAUAAUACCUUGCCUAAACCUAACCGAACAAACAAAUGGGGGAAAAUUAAACGUAAGAACAAACGUCCUAAACUUGAAAUAGGUCAGAGUACGUCGGAGAUUCUCCCAGAGGGUAACGAGUCAGAGAGCUCGUCUCCCACAAUGCCACGACGAAUCAAGCUCAAGUAUCGGCCGUCGAUCGUCGACCGCAUCGACACUCAUAUAAGGAGAAGGAGGAGCACUAAACCUAAAAUUGUUAGGCCAGAAUGUGAAGACGAUGAGCGCAACGCUUGGCAGGAUAGGCCUUACUUUUAAUGCAUAAAUCGAUAAUAAUCGUAAUAUAUACAAACCAGUUGAGAGGCUUGGUGAACGACCACAGCUGGUGAUGGUUUUAUAGUGGCAGGCCACAUUCGUCGAGCUUCAACAACUCACAGCCAGGGGUGGCGCCAGCGGGGGGUCGGGGGCCAGGGCCACCCGUCGGGGAGAGCUGACAGUUAAACCUUUUACCAUUUCUGUAUACAAAAAUUUUAAGACGAGCGGCAAACAGAUGGUGGUACAUGACGUGGCCUAUAUAGGGUCCUGUGCAAGUCACGCAGGUAUUUGAUGAAGAAAUCCACACAUGUGCGCAAGAAAACAUAUUGGCCUGUCAAGAAAUUUCCCCUAAUCGUUAAAGUGCUGCCUUUGCAUUUUACGCUUAUAGUACUAAACUUUCUCACCGUAUAAAUUGCUCUACCUGGUGCAAUAGAUCGGAUGCAAAUGUCACGUGACAAAAUGAGUGGUGCUAUUCAAACAUUUCCUCUUAGUAUCUUUGGUGCUAAUUAUAUAAAUUGUAAUUGAUGAAUACAUUUCAUAUAGUAAACUACGUUAUGUGUAGUUUUAUAUUUCUUAUAUAUUAUAAAGAUCAAUGGUGUUUGAAUGAAUAGGCCUAAUAGAUAUUUUUAUAAUCGUAUUUGUAUUCUUUAUAAGGAAAAUAUAAUCUUUAUUACACUUAUUUAUAUUUAACUACUGCAACAUAAGUUUAUCAAUAAGACUGUUAAUAGUAUUUAUAAUUGGGAAUUUAUAUACGGUUUCUUUCUAUCUAUUUCUGGUAAGAUAUUAAUUUUCUAAAUAUAAAUUGCUAAGGAGACACUGCAUUACGUGUGCUACUCAACCUGUUAAUUUAUGAGUAAAACUAUUUAUUUAUUAAAUUUCAAAAUAAAUUUAAUAUUAGCUUAGAUAUUUUUAGAAACUCAUGAUAAGGAAAGACGUUGUUAGAAAUUUGGCCCACUGGGAAAAAUAAUAUUGGGUUUCACUCAUUUUCCUUUACAUUCCUUAUAGGUGUAGAUUUACGUGUUAAAUAAUGCACUUAAUAGUAAUUGAUGUUAGUUCAUGAUAUUGCUUCUUGGUAAGCCUUAAGCCUGUUUUUCACUAGGCGAAUUUAUUCGCGCGAAUCGGAAGCGUCGGUUCAUGCGCAUGCGCAUUCUAUCGGAAUUUUUGCGAAGCGAAUAAAUGCGCAACAAAUCAGAGCUCAGGAAGCGAACCGACGCUUUGAUUCGCGCGAAUAAAUUCGCCUAGUGGAAAACCAGCGUAAACGAAACCACAGCGGGGAGUGUUGCACUCUCUUUGACUAUCUUUCUCUGACAGUUGUGUGUUUAAAAGAGACCGUCAAUUUAUCACAGAAUAGGGUCCGUGUAUGUACAAGCCACCCUCCAAUUAGAGACCACUUUUGGGACCGCCGGGGUUUCCGGUCCAUGGUCUUUAACAGCUUUGGUCUCUAAUUAGAAUAAUAAAGAUAACAGAUAUUUGUUAAUUUUGGACCACAAAAAAGUGGUUUAUAAUUUGAGGGGUCUUUAAUUAUAGGGAGACCUGUAUUUACAAAUCAUGUACUUAUAUACGCGCCUCCUUAGGCAUAUAAUUGUAACAUGUAAUAUUAAUAUACCGUAAAUCGUCGCGCAGACCAAUAAGAAAAAUAAAUCGUAAAUUUUGAUCGAAAAUAAAUAUUGCGCGAAAAUAAAUUUGUGAUGAAAUGAAAGCGACCAUUAGUGGAAAUUAUUCUAUAUAUCGCUAAAGUUGAUGCGAGGCACACCGUCGUUUAUAAGGAUAAUGCAUUGGGUCCUUUUACACAACAAAAUUAUUGGUGGGGGGGGGGGUCAUCUUACACGAGAGAUCUUACAUGGUAUAUUGAUAUUGAAAAAAGUGAAAUAAAAGGCGAAUAGUUCAAUAAUUACAUUACUAUAAUCAAUGUUAUUAUUAUUGUUAUUAUAUUAUUAUUAUUAUCAUUAUUAUAAAUAAUUUGACUGCUAUUAUUAGUAUUAUGAAAAUAAAUUAAUAAAAAUCAACUUA